GGUGUGGAUGGCGGGGAGUCUGGCCAGUGCUCCGCGAGGAUGGAGCCGGCGAUAGCAGACGACGCCGCGGCUAAGCAGACGAUGCUGGCGGCGCUCCGUCUGCUGCAACUCCAUGGAAGUGCGGCGCGGACUCCGUGAAUUCGGAAGCCGAGGAGCGCUGGUGCGAAUGUGUGUGAGAGACCGGGCCGAAGGUCGUUGCCGUGCUCGUCCGUUGCCUCGCACCAGCGGUCCCAGCUCGCCAUGAGGCUCUGUGUGGGCGGGAACGUGAUUCUGCUCACCGCUGCCGUGUUCAACAUGCACGCGUCUUUCGUGCUGGCCGCUGGACGUCCGCCGGAACAGAUACCGCAGCUGGGAGCGCAGUACAUCAACCAAGUCAUCGCCAAGGUCGAGAAGUUGCUUAUGGUGGGCUCCGGCAACACUGACGCCAAGUACGAAGUGUUCGAGCCGCACCUGGACGCCAAACCGCCGUCGCGUCAGCGCCGGAGACGGAGACGGCGUCGGAGGCGGCACCUUCUGGACGGACCUCCAGACCUUAGCCUGGAGCUGCCUGCCUUUGGCCACACGCUGCGGCUAGACCUGGACCAGAGCGAGUCCUUGAUCUCGAACCAGUUCCAACUCCUGGAGGAAGGGGAGUUCGAGAACAGCACCAGGAGACGGAGGGACGUCUCUGGUCGGGACGAAGACGUCGUCCUUCCGGACGCCUCGUGCUUCUACCAGGGCCGGGUUCGAGGAGUGCCCGGAAGCAAGGCCGCGCUUUCCGUCUGCGCCGGACUGCGAGGCCUCAUCGAGACGCCCAACUCCACGUUCCUGGUGUACCCGCUGGACCUGUCCGGAGGGACGAGGACCAUCAACGCCUCCUCGCCGCACAUCCUUGUCAAGGGAGACGGCAACCAGACGCAGCAGUGCGCACACUACGAGCGGUCCUCGAGGCAGAACAACGUGACCAGGACGGCCCGAGGGCCCGAGCAAGAGGCCACCGACGAGCUCAAGUACAGGCCCCGGAGCCGACGAAGACAGCGGCGGGCGCUGAGGAGCUCGAGGGGCGACCGCAGCGCCGUGGUCGAGACGGCCGUCUUCGUAGACCAGGCGCUGUACCAGGCCAUGACCAGGGCCUUUCCUGGCAACACCGACCAGGAACUGGUCACCUACGUGCUCACCAUCAUGAACGCGGUUCAAAUGCUGUUCAAGCACGAUUCACUUGGAAGAAGUAUGGAUGUCACAGUCGUGGAGUUAGAGAUAUUGAAACUUCAACCGCGGGACCUCGUCCCGUCAGAAAAUAUAGACACGUAUCUUACCAAUUUCUGCGUCUGGCAGCACCAAAGAAGGCGAUCGGUAUCACAGGGUAUGCCACGAUGGGACCACGCACUUUUGCUCUCAGGAAUCAACAUGUUCGUCGUUGAUGAGAGAGGCACGAGGAAAAGGCACGUUGUCGGUCUGGCGCCCGUAAGCGGGAUGUGCAACUCCCUCAACAGUUGUACCAUCAGCGAAGGAACGAGCUUCCAGAGCGUCUACGUCGCCAGUCAUGAAAUGGGGCACAGCCUGGGCAUGGAGCACGACGGCGUGCAGGACGGCAAUCCUUGCGACGUGGACAACUUCGUCAUGUCUCCGACCCUGGGCGCCGGCAAGACGACUUGGUCCGCCUGUUCGAGGCAGUACAUGGCCAAGUUUCUUCGCUCUCAGGCAGCCGUCUGCGUCUUCCAGCAAGCCAGCCUCGUCAACUUGCUCGGGCCCAAGAGCGGUCUGCCCGGGGAACAGUUCACGGCCGACCAGCAGUGCGCCCUGAGGUUUGGGUCCUCCAGCCGGAAGACGUCGCAUCAGUCACUCCAGGAAACCUGCAGGAUGCUGCGCUGUGAAAUGAGCAGAGGACUGACGCCCGUGUCCUUCGCGGCACAUCCUGCACUCGAGGGCACUCCGUGCGGGGAGGGAAAGUGGUGCAAGGGCGGCAACUGCGUGGCCCGUAAGGAUGAGUUGGAGCGGAGGAGGUCCCGGGAUCCUCCCGUGGACGGGGGCUGGGGCCCCUGGUCUGCCUUCGGGUCCUGCCGGUCGGAUUGCGUGGGGCGGGACGACUUCGCCUACGUCGGAGUCAAGGUUUCACGGCGGCGCUGCGACCGCCCCAGUCCACAGAACGGAGGAAAGUUCUGCGAAGGAUCGGACAAAAGGGUACAAAUUUGCGACGCCAGUCAGAUUUGCACAGCGUCGACCCCGCAAAGGCUUUUGGAAGACUUCCUGCAGUCCAUAUGUAGCCAGGCCUCACUGCGGGACACUACCAUUGAACCAUACGGGACUCAGUUUCCCAGCAGAGACUAUUCUCACUCGUGCUACGUGUGGUGUCGAAAGCGGGUCGGAGGCUACAUGACCCACGGCUGGAGAAUACCCGAAGGGACGCCGUGCUGGAGCCUCAGCCAGAGGCGCGACGCCCACAAGGGCAAUCGCUACUGCGUCGACGGGGAAUGCCAGGCAUUCGACUGCUACGGACGCAGCACGGCCGAAGACACGGACGAGACCGAGUGCCCGAGACAGUCCAUGACCAUGGUGGCCAGGGCCCACGGCGUACCCGCCGGCUGGGGGCCCUGGCAUCCAGUCAGCGAAUGCAGGCAUUCCUGUCUCGUCGACGGCACGGGAUUCCAGCUGGUGUCCCGAGAAUGCAACUCCAUAUCGAGAUGCAGCGGCAAGCGGGAGAACUUCAAGCUUUGUGACUCCACCAGAAAGUGUCGCGGAAUGGUGACAGCCGACCAGUAUGCCACCAAGAUCUGCGAGAAAUACCACCGGAAGUACCCAAGUCUUCUGAGUGGCAAGGGCCGUCAGUUACCUCGUCAGCCCGGCAACCCCCACGUGGCCUGCGUGGUGGCCUGCCAGGACCGCGUCUGGAAGGACACUCAUUACCAGAUGGACGUCUUCGAAGAGGGCCGCUUCCCUUUUGGAACGGACUGCAGCGGCAGGCGCGGCAGCGCCUACUGCGUCAGCGGGCGCUGUCAGAGGUUUUCGCACGAAGGGACGCCACUGGAGGAAGAGGCUGUUCAGCCCCGUCCUCCUCAGCGAGAACGACGUCGCCGUCGGACCAAGAGGAGCGCCCACGACCGAGCUGAACGACACAGCGGACAGCAACAGCAGCUCUGGAGGCGACCGCUGUCUCUCGGAGGACCCAUGGUGCCGCUCUGGUGGCUGCAGACCAACCAGACCUGGGCCAGGGUUUCGCCGUUCGCCUGGAAGGUCAUCAUGUCUGACUGUACCUUGCCGUGCGGAGGAGGGACUCGGAACACGAGUGUCCAUUGCCAAGUACUCGGAAACCGAGUGAGCGACGACCUCUGCGACCCUGCCCUCCGACCCACCAUGGCAAUGGGAGUCGGAGCCUGCAAUACGGAACCCUGCUCCGGCAGGUGGCACACGGAGCCCUGGAGUCCCUGCUCUCGCUCGUGCGGGUCCCCGUCUCACCAGAGCCGCGUGGUGGCCUGCCUCCGGCCCCUGACGCAGACCUUGUUCUCCCUAGUCCACGACUCGAACUGCCCGCGCCCCGAGCCGCCCAGACUCCGCAAGUGCUACCUGCCGCCGUGUCCGGGAAGAUGAGACCUGCCGUGCCUUGCUGCUGUGCAGCCAUGGCCGCCAAGGCCCGCCUUCUCUCCGCGGACGACGUCCCAUCGCCAGCUCCUGUGCCCAAAGUCAGCUCUAUCGCGCGUUGCUUCACGGGGCAACCGGCUUCGACAUAACUUAUUCGUUACGUUUAUCUAGCAAUUUUAUGUGAUUUUUUUUCCUUCACGCACGUCAAUAAAAAAAAAUAUAGGAACGCC